CCAGCUGCCGCGCCGGGUCCGCUCGGCGCCUCCCGGAGUUCGCCCGCCGGGGCUGCCAGUGGACCGCCGCCGAGGUCACUGUGGACGCGGAAAUGCGCUUCCCGUGCUUUGCUUGCAAGUGAGGGCUGCCGUCCCCGCAGAAGUCAGCUACCGGCGUAACCAAUAUGAAGGUUUUCCUUGUAGAGCCGGCCAUUUGCCUCAGUGCCUUUGCCCUGACUUUGAUCACCCCGCUGACAACACAGUAUGUGUACAGGAGAAUAUGGGAAGAAACAGGCAACUACAGCAUUGCACCUGAGAGCAAUAUUUCUGAGUGUGAAAAAAACAAAAGCAGCCCGAUUUUUGCAUUCCAGGAGGAAGUUCAGAAAAAAGUGUCUCUUUUUAAUCUGCAGAUGGACAUAAGUGGGUUAAUUCCUGGUCUAGUGUCCACGUUCAUACUUCUGUCCCACAGCGAUCAUCAUGGACGAAAAUUCCCUUUGAUUUUGACUUCUGCUGGCGCUCUUGUGACCAGUGCCUGGCUCUGUUUGCUUUCCUAUUUCACCUUUCCAUUCCAGCUUUUGAUUGCAUCUACCUUCAUUGGGGCACUGUUCGGCAACUCUACCACAUUUUUGGGUGCCAGUUUCGCCUACAUAGUUGAUCAAUGUAAAGAAGAAAAACAAAGAACAAUUCGAAUAGCUAUCAUUGACUUCAUGCUUGGACUUGUUACUGGAUUAACAGGGCUGUCUUCUGGCUAUUUUAUUAGAGAACUGGGUUUUGUGUGGUCCUUUUUCAUUAUUACUAUGGCUCAUACUGUUAACUUGAUUUAUAUUUUAUUUUUUCUUGGUGAUUCACUGGAGGAGUCUUUAUCUCAGAAUGUUUCCAUAUCAUGUAGUGAAAGCUUUAAAAACCUAUUUUACCGAACUUACAUGCUUUUUAAAAAUGCUUACAGUGGGCAGUGGUCUUUGCUCUGUUUGUUACUUUUCACAAUGAUCACUUAUUUUUUUGUGAUAAUUGGCAUUGCCCCCAUUUUUAUCCUCUAUGAAUUGAAUUCACCACUCUGCUGGAAUGAAGUUCUUAUAGGUUAUGGGUCAGCUUUGGGUAGUAUCUCUUUUUUGAGUAGUUUCCUAGGAAUAUGGUUUUUUUCUUACUGUAUGGAAGAUAUCUACAUGGCCUUCAUUGGAAUUUUUACCACCAUGGUGGGAAUGGCUAUGACUGCUUUUGCCAAAACAACAUUGAUGAUGCUUUUAGUCAGGCUGCUCUUCCUCUUCACUAUUGUGCCGCUUUCUGUUCUACGGUCUAUGAUGUCAAAAGUGGUUCAUUCUACUGAACAAGGGACUCUGUUUGCUUGUAUUGCUUUCUUUGAAACACUUGGUGGAGUCAUUGCAGUUUCUACUUUUAAUGGAAUUUAUUCAGCAACUGUUGCAUGGUACACAGGCUUCACCUUUCUGCUGUCUGCUGGUCUAUUACUAAUUCCAGCGAUCAGUCUAUGUAUUGUCAAGUGUAGCAGCUGGAACGAGAGAAGCAAUGAACUUCUUAUCCAGGAAGAUGCCAGUGAAGACACAUCAGACCCAUGAUUCAUUGUGAUUUCAAAACAAUGCUCAUGCCAUGCACUCUGACUUGUGAGGCGUACCGCCCAGCUCAGUCCGUGCUUCAGGAACAGUCAGUGGUUAUGUCCUUGCGUCUGGCCCGAGCAAGGAGAGGAGCCACUACUCCAGCGCCUGGAGGACCGCGCCUUCAAGCACUUUAUGAACAUUGUGUGAUGUGUUUCCGGUACAGAGAAAAAAUCUCAAAACACUUGCCCUUUUGGGAUUUACAAAAGAAACUGAAACUUAACGGUAUCAGGAGGGAUUAAGACACUUGAUAUGAUCAAGUACAAUAACCUCCCUGGCAUACUCCAGUCUCUCACACUGAGACCUCCGUUUCUUUAUAAAAUGGCUUUCUGACCUCUCUAGGAUUUUGAAGGACAACUGGCAAAAAUUAUGAUGAAUCAUUCAAUGGAAAAAUAAUAAUAGAAGUUUUAAAUAUUUAUAAUUUUACCUCUACUUAGGUUGUGCUUUGUUUUAUAGAGCCCAUCAAGGUACUAUUGAUAGUAAAAGCUUUUAACAGGUGCAAAAUCCUUAAAAUAGAAGCAGUUGAAAGAAUACAUUGUUUUCAUUUUUCCUAAUAUGUUUCAUCCGUGACAGGUGUGAUAAUAUUUCUAUAUGCAACAAAGGGUAAUUAGAAAAAUCAGAUUAUAAAUAAAGUUGUUUCUAAAGAAAUGUAAAAACUGAAUAAAUAGUCAAUCGGGAAGUAAAGUGAUAUUAUAGCACCA